CAGACGGAGCGGUGACGUCACCCCGUGACGUCGGCGUCAGCUCCAGCAUUAACAUUUUCCACCAGAGACUUCCAGACUGCUCCUGAACAUGGCUGUGAACAGAAACCACUCGCAAAACGGCGGGGUCUUGAUAAACAGCGGAGAAAGCGUUGUGAGAGAAUGCAAGAAUGUGGAGCUGUCAUUCAGCGACGUCACUGGCAAGACGGAUCUGCUGAAAGGAACCAAGAAAGGCACUAUUUACCUCACACCGUACAGGUUGGUGUUUGUGUCCAGUAAUACUAAGGAUUGCAUGGGUUCAGCCAUGUUCCCCUAUUACCUGAUGAAGGGCUGCAGUAUUGAGCAGCCUGUCUUUGCAGCCAACUACAUAAAAGGGACAGUAUCAGCAGAGCCAGGUGGUGGUUGGGAGGGUCAGGCCCAUUUCAAGAUGUCAUUUACCAGUGGAGGAGCCAUUGAGGUGGGGCAGCAUCUCUUCAAACUAGCCACAAAUGCUUCUCGUGCUGCUCCUGCCCAGAAUGGUGCCGCCUCUUACGGAUACCCUUCACCUGGAGUGAUGAAUGGCUACGGCCCCCCUCCAGCUGCUCCUAAUGGAUACCCUUAUCCACCCCCUCCUCAGCAGAAUGGAUACUACCAGGGCCCGUCUCCUCCUGCUGGCAACAUGGGCUACCCUUACCCAUCAGCUGCUGGAGGAAUGUAUCCAGCUAGUUUUGACUACAUGGCUCCACCUCCUCCCUACCCUGGACCACCCCAAAAUUGGCCUUCAGCCCCCCAGAACUGGACUGCAGCACCGGCUCCUCAAGGUAACUCAAAAGCGGCCGAAGCAGCAGGCAGUGCGUAUUAUAAUCCCAACAAUCCACACAAUGUCUACAUGCCCAUGGAGCGCCCUCCACCAUAUGCACCAUAUCCAGACACUCCUGACAAGAAAAACAACUGAGAUUCAGGCACCAUCACUCCAGUGAAACUCUUCUCGCUUCCCCUGUUUCUUAUCCAUAUAUUCUUAAUAAGGCGUAAAAUUUACGAAUACCUAACUGAUUGUAGUGUACAGAAAUGUGAAGAUGAGUAACAGAGGACUCGAGAGAAAUUAGUGAUAUUUAACCAUAAAAUCAUUUAUAUUUUGGGUAUUGAGAAAACUUAUAAAAAAUUGCAUCUUUUAAAUACUGUGUUUUUCAUAGUUUAAAGUAAUUUAAAUGAGAGACAACUAGUAAAGUUUGCUUUUCUAAUACAUUUCCUUAUUAACAUUCUCAACAGUGGGAUUUAUUUUCAUUUUCUGAUUGUCUUACACAUAGACGGGGGCACCUAAACUGUCCCUGUUACGAUUUUGAAGGAUGGUAUAUAGUAUUUUUUUUCUUAGUGGAUUUAUUACCAGGACACUUUUGUACCAAUUUACUGAGUGCAGUUAUUGUUGUUAUUAACAAUAGAAAAUCCUAUCAAUUUCUUUUUUCCAGUAUCACUGCAAAUUGUGUUACUUUUAGUUUUUGUCCGUACACAAAAACAGAACUGGUUUGAAUUAUGUUUAACUAAUACACGUUUAUUUCAUCCAUGAUUAACUCAGUUAUACUUAAGCUAAAGUAAUUUGUUGCAUGUUAUCAUUAUUCUCUAUAACAUGCCGGGUUAUGUAAAGAAGCAGUGUAAUGUGUAGGAAAAGAAAGAAAGGGGGAUCAGAAACUUCAUGGAUGAGUUGCAUAACAAGUUUACAGGUGAGCAGGCGGGUUACCUUAAUGAACUCUGCUGUACUUCUGGCUUGUGUUGUAUUCAUGUGGCAAAACUGAGCUGAAACUAGAACUGAGUAAUUACACUAGUGUGGCAUUUCAGCCCACGUUGAUUUAUCCAUGAUCCAUCAGUGUUUUUCCUCUUGUUGAAACUUCCUAAAGCAAACAAUAUAAACCAGAUUAUAAUGGGAUGAGGGGCCAACGAGGCUGUCUAAUUGCAUCUAACUUGAUGUGGAUCAGUUAACACCUGUUUGAACUAUUUGCACACAGAUUUUGUGGAUUGAGGUUGUUACCUGUAUAUGAUCUCUUUAUGAAUUCUUAUUCUUUUUGCUGAAUUUUGUCAAUGAAACUCCAAUAAAUUAGUCAUUUAUUGAA